CCCCCUCGACACAGUACCACCACAUCACAUCGCACACACACACACACACCAUCGCGCAUCGAUGUGUGAUGCCCGGCUGCCUCCAUCCGCUGGCUGAUCGCGUCAUCGUCACCGUCAUCGCCACGACGCCGGGCUAAUGCGUCCACGCCGUCGCUGACUCGAACUUUUCCCCCUCCUCUCGACCACCCCCGACUUUCGCAACCCGCCCGCCUCCUCUUUGCUCCCGAGCUGCCUGGGCAGCUCACUUUCAAGACGUCUUCCUCAAAGAAGCGAAGGCUCGCCCGCCCCCUUCCCUCGUCAAAGGAUCCAGACGUCGCCAGCUCGCCCUCGCCCGACACCGCCCUGCCCUCGUGCGAACCCGACGACAACCCGGCCUUCUCCUUCUCUGCGGCCUCUGGGCUCGACUCGCCUCUCUACAACCGUGCCGACUCCCUGCCCGCCUCCAGCCUGCCCCCGCGGCUCCAGACGCACGCCGGCUCCCUCGUUUCCGCAGACUACGCCUCCUCCGUGGCCUCGUCGUCGCCCUGUGCAUCGGCGUACGCUGAGCUCUCCCUCGAGAGCGACCGAGGGGCCGAGGAGACUGCUUCGGCCCGGACCGCCACCCGAAGCCAGUCCCCGUUUCGCGUCUCGAGGAGGGCCAUUAUGAACGGCGAUGCCGAGCUGCCUCACCGUUCCUCCUCGCCACUCAAACGACGGGCCUCCAUUAUGGACCACGAACCAGAUGCUCAUAAGAACGGCGACGGUUCCGAAAUGGCCGCCACUCAAACUACCGGCGAGGGGGCUAUCCCCCCCGGCGGCUUCCCUCGCGCUAUGAGCGUUGAUGUCCCGGACGCCCAGGCCUCUGGACAUGUCGAUGAUAUUUCGCCGCAGCCCCCUCCUCCACUACAGGAGCAGAUCAAGAUUAUUGAGACCCUACUGAAGGCGUUUGCCGAGGCUCCUGUCCAGGAAGGGAACACGGCAUAUUUGGUGUCCCGCUCAUGGGUGGACAAAGCCCUUGCCCUCCGCGCCGACUCCAAGACAUCCAAGCUGGCUUCUGAGGGUACCCCUCUGGGCCCUGUCGACAAUUCUGAUAUCAUUGAGGAGACUCUCAAAGAUGCUACCGGGAGGGACUUUGUCCGCCUCAAAUCGGGCUCUGGGCUCGAGUCCUUUGAGUUGUUUCCCGAGGACGCCUGGAAAUUGGUCGUUGCAUGGUACGGCAUCCAGGACGGACAGGUUGCCAUCAUUCGGGCUGCAGUCAAUACGGCCGACAGCAAGCAAGCCCCACCAAACAUCAUGUACGAGUUUCACCCGCCUGUUUUCCGUGUCCAUCGACUCUGGUCGGAAGUCAGCCCUCUGCCGAUCGAGCAGAGCCUCAAAGCCAGCAAUCCGCCACCCUUGCUUGUUGCGAAAAGCGCCACCACCCAUGCGCAGGGCUUUCUGAAGGAACUCAAAGCUCUCGCCAGCAUCCCGAAAGACCGUAAGAUUCGAUUAUUUACGCUUGCACCCGACUUUCAGCCUCCGAAUAGUCCGCUCGAGCAGCGUUCUGCUCUCACACCUCCGGACUCGCCGGAACGGUCCCUCAGCCAGGGAGCGUGGUCUCAUCUUCUCCUGAGCAUUGUGGCGUUCGGAUCUGCUCGCUCGCAUAGAAGCCAGGUACAACUGGCCGAUCAGACGAUUAAUGACAAAUUCAACGGCCAAACUGCUCUCCAGCAUUACGGGUUGACUACCGACUGCGUUCUGAUCAUCGAUGAGGCUAUCGGAAGUAGUUGGGUCAGCUUGUAUACGGGCAGUGAGAAGAUUUCCCCAAAGUCAAUGCCCUCUAGGGGCGCUUUGUCCCUGUCGUCAAAACCAAACAGCAACCGAAGCAGCCCAGGCCGAGACGGGCCCGUCACCCGGGCUCGAGCGCAAAAUAAACGCUUUGGCCGGAAUUCCGGGGCUGUUGGUUUGCAUAAUCUGGGUAACACUUGCUACAUGAACUCCGCACUGCAGUGUGUCCGGAGCGUCGAGGAACUUUCCAAGUACUUCCUCACUGAAUCAUACCUUCGCGAGAUCAACCAGACCAACGUCCUCGGCUACGAGGGAAGGGUAGCCAGCGCAUAUGGAAGCCUCUUGGGGGAAAUCUAUGACGAGGGCCGUGGCUCCGUGAGCCCUCGGGACUUCAAGUCCACCGUGGGCCGUUGCCGGCCGACAUUCUCUGGAUGGGGUCAGCAAGACUCUCAGGAGUUCCUGGGGUUUCUUCUCGAUGCACUUCAGGAGGAUUUGAGCCGAAUCAAGAAGAAGCCAUACAUUGAGAAGCCCGACUCCACCGACGACAUGAUUAACGACCCGGAAGCAAUCCGCAAGAUGGCAGACGAGGUUUGGGACAUCACCCGCAAGCGCGAUGACUCGGUCAUUGCGGAUCUCUUCACUGGCAUGUACAAGUCGACCCUCAAGUGCCCAGAGUGCGGCAAGAUCAGCAUCACGUUUGACCCCUUCAACAACCUGACGUUGCCAUUGCCGGUUCAGAACAUGUGGGUCAAGGCCGUCAAGUUCUUUCCGCUCAAUGACGUCGCGGUGAAGAUUGAGGUCGAGCUACCGAAACACAGUUCUGUCGAUGCGCUGAAGCAGUUCAUCUCCGAGCGGACCGGCGUACCGGUGGAGCGUCUGAUGGGUGCCGAAGAGUUCAAGGAUCGCUUUUUCAAGAUUUACGACGGCAGCCAUGACAUAUCCGAAGAGAUUCAGCACACGGAUACGCCGACAAUGCACGAGCUGGACGCAGUGCCUACAAAUUGGCCGAGUAAGGUCCCGCGCAAAAAGUACAGGUCUAUGCUGGAUAUCGACUCGCCACCAGAGUCCGCCGAUUCGGAUGACGAGCAGUCUGAGACCCUCGUGGUCCCUCUCCUCCACCGCCGUCCCCAAGUUCCUGGCCGCGGUCCGGAUGGCAUGCCACCGCCACAAUUCAUCACUCUGAACAGGAGAGAAGCAUCUAAUCUUGACAUGAUCCGUCGCAAGGUUCUUGAAAAGGUUGCCACGCUCACCACAUGGUCGACGCUUGCGGAUGCGGCGCACGAGAGCGACAAUGCAGAUUCUGCCGACGGAGACAUGAUCGUUACUACGGCAUCCGAUGCCGACUCUUCGGGAGACGGCAAAGUCGCGGCUCGUUCUGUUCAGGGCGAAGACGACAUGGUCGACGUGACGAUGCGCGAAGCCAGCGACAGCCACCCCAGUACCUCCAAGAUCUUGAAACAAUUCAACACGCGGCGCCCCAAGUUCAUCAGUCUGGAUACGUUUCUGGAUCCAGAGUUGCAGAACCUCUUCGAGCUCUCUUAUUUCAGAAGCGAUUCUGACGGCCCGGUCCCUACGGGCUGGUCCAGCGUCGACAAUACCAGGACGUUACCGAAGCUAACGGACCGCAUGCCUGAACCGAAGGAAGCCGAAGAGGAAAGCCCAGAGAGCGUUGGCAGCACCGGCUCCGGUAACGAAGACAGCAGCAACGAGGAUGAAGGCACCGAGGAGCCGGUCCAGACACGCAUGGCGGAAGAGUCAAGCGACGAGGAUGCAAAUCCGGUUGCUAGGUUCGCGGGUCGUCAUGGACGACAGUAUCAAAAGUCCGGGCCUGGCGGACGCAAAAAGUUCAAGGGCCACAAGAUGUACGGUAAGAAGGGCAACAAGCGACGAGAUAAGCAGAUGCGUGGCGGCAAGCAUGCGCACCGCGCCGCCCAAGUUGAGCCCCAGCCCAUGCCCCCUGCGGUCGCAGACGGUGGACCCCUGGUUCGGCUGCACGAGGGCCUCGUUGUCGACUGGAACGAAGAGGCCUGGGAGAUGGUCUUUGGUGACACGGGGCGACGAGGGAGCUCCACUGAGGGCGCCAAGACUUACUCGGACAUUGAAACGCUUCAUGACAACGCGCUCAAGCUUACGCAGAAGCGACGCCAAAGUCGUAAGAAUAAGGGCAUCACUCUGGAGGAAUGCUUGGACGAGUUUGAGCGAGCCGAGGUCCUGUCGGAGCAGGAUAUGUGGUACUGCCCGCGAUGCAAGGAACACCGCCGUGCAAGCAAGAAGUUUGAUCUGUGGAAGACGCCGGAUAUUCUUGUGGCGCAUCUCAAGCGGUUCAGCAGCUCGGGUUGGCGCCGUGACAAGCUCGACGUCCUGGUCGACUUCCCCAUCGAGGAUCUCGACUUGACCUCACGGGUCAUCCAGAAGGAAGACGGCAAGAAUGAGAUCUACGAUCUGAUCGCUGUCGAUGACCACUAUGGCGGCCUUGGCGGUGGGCACUACACUGCCUACGCGAAGAACUUCAUUGACGGACGCUGGUACAGCUUCAAUGACUCGUCAGUCCACGCCGUUUCUGACCCGACAAACGUGGUCACAAAUGCAGCGUACCUGCUGUUCUAUCGCCGGCGCUCCAGCAAGCAUCUAGGUGGGCCUCGUUUCGACGAAAUUUUCGCCAGGUACAACAAGGAGAGCUCCCAGUCGGAUGAAGAGGCGACGGACUCUAGCGAGGACGGCCGUGAGUCGACCAAGACAACGGUCAAGCAAGCUGUCAACGUUGAAGACGACGACCCGCCCCUGUACGACGGGCCCAUUCGGCGAAGCAUCGAGGACGACGGAGACGAGAUGCAGGAAAGUUAUCGGAACAUGGGGACCAAGUCUCUCGACAUGACGCAGGGCUGGAGCUUUGAAAGACUCUCUGGCAGCGGCGCCGAGGGCUCCAACACCGCCGACUGUGCCAGCGACGACGCUCAGUUCGAUUCGGGUGACGAGCGAGGCCACGAGCUCGCUGACCAGGACACGGAUAUGACGUCGGUGACGGUGGACGAGCCCGGGCGUUGGGAGGGACAAAACGUCCUGUCUGUGCCAGCUCAUGGCGCAGGCGAUCGGGACUCGGAGGAAGUCGCCGAGAUCCACUUGGAGGGGGACAAGGCUGGCCGAGGCCAGUAGAGGCCGCGAAGGCGGGUCAGGCCAUUCGUUAUAUGGCGAGGUAGCUAUCGCUUACCGCGAGUAACCAUGGCGGACCAAGCGGGUGGCCCGGCAGGCUGGGUGGGCGAGGCGAAAGUAAGCCGGCGGGAGGCGUCGGCAAAUGCAUGAGGAUAGGUUUAUGUGAGGAGGACAGGAGGAGGGGUUUCGUGAUGGCGGCGGAUGGCUGUGGAUAGAACUAGAGUCCUUCUACCCAGGCACCUGGGACGGCGUAUGGGCAUAGAGCGGCGAGCGGGCCGACGCAUGAUUGCAUGAAUAGCAUCGAGUACUUUUGUACACGGACAUAGGAACGGAGUCUGCGACUGGAGUCGCUUUCGUGUCUAG